AUGGGGGAGGAAAGCAUAGAGGUGGCUCCAGUAGCAGAGGCGGUGGAAGGGUCGCCGAAGGUGGUGGCGAACGUGAAAGAUGAGACGGCGACGGUGUCACGAAGCAGGAAGAACAGAAUCCAGGUCUCCAGCAGCAAGAGGCCUCUCUAUUUCUACGUCAACCUGGCCAAGGUAAGACGGCUCCAUCUCUCUGUUUGAUUUCCAGUUUCUAAGGAGGUUCUUGCGUUCAAUUGCCAGACCUUGUUCUCCGACUUGGUUCACAAAUACGGGACGGGAUUAGGUUUUGGUUUGGUUUGGAUUAAGUUCCAAGAGAGUUCUCUGUUUCUUUCCAAUUCAAAAUCCACGAUAAAUCUCUGGAUCUGUGUUUAUGAUUGGAUGUUCGCUGAUCUCUAAGAUUACGAGGUUUUAAUUCUGCAGAGCACCUUUCUGUUCCAUUUCCAGUUUCUACGGAGGCUCUUGUGUUCGAUUGCUAGACCUUGUUCUCCGACUUGAUUAACGAAUGCGGGAUGGGAUUAGGUUUUGGUUUGGUUCGGAUUAUGUUCUAAUAGAGGUCUCUGUUUCUUUCCAAUUCAAAAUCCUCGGGGGAUAUCUGGAUCUGUGUUAACGACUGGACGUUUGUUGACCGCUACGACUUCGAGAUUUUAAUUCUGCAGAGCACCUCUCUGCUCGAUUUCAAGUUUCUUGUGUUCGACUGCGAGACCUUGUUCUCCGACUUGAUUCACGAAUGCAGGAUGGGAUAAGGUUUUUGUUGGGUUGGAUCAAGUUCUAGGAGAGUUCUCUGUUUCUUUCCAAUUCAAAAUCCACGAUAAAUCCCUGGAUAUGUAUUUAUGAUUACUUGUUUGCUGAUGGCGGCGAGGUUUGAUUCUGCAGAGGAUCAUGCAGCAGCACAAUGAGGUCGUGCUCUCUGCUCUUGGCAUGGGUAAUGACUCUCCCUGAUUCCCGCCAUCUUCACCAUUCAAAAUUUGGGCCAUCUCUUCUCUGGAUAACCGGAUGAUUUCAUCCUCCUGCUAGCUUUUUCUGGCUGUUGAUCCCUUUUGAUAGAUUUCUAACUUCCUCCGGAGAAAUCGGAUGUCUCCGACGAUUAAACUAAUUUCAUGUUGGUUUUCAUUCCAGCGAUCGGCACAGUCGUCACAAUCGCCGAGAUCCUCAAGAACACGGGAUUGGCCACGGAGAAGAGUAAGCUUCAGCCGAUCGCACCAUUUCUCACGCAUUCCUCGGACAAGAACACCUCACUAAUCGCCAUCGCCUUCCCCCGAUCAGGUAUUCUGACAUCAACAGUGGACGCGAAGGACGAAACCAGGGGGCGCCACAUCCAGAAGGCCAAGGUCUGAAGAAUCCUCCCCCUCCUUCCCUGGUUCAUCCGUGAUUCCAGUCUCCUUGCUCGUCGUGCAGAUUGAGAUUCUGCUAGGCAAGAGCGAGAACUUCAACAGUCUGAUUCAGAAGAACAACCAGCCGAAGACGGCGGGAGAGGAGGAUUACAAAGACUGA